AGGGAGAGAGAGAGAGAGAGAGAAGAGCCAAACAUGUGCACGUUAGAGAAACGCGGCAGCAUUUUCUUGCUCACGUUAACCGGCGCAGAUGAGCACAGGCUUAACCCAACCCUAAUGGAUGCGAUCCUUACUGCUCUAAGCCGAGUCCGAUCCGAAUCAAAGGGAGUUCCUGCUUCUGCUCUGGUCAUGACGGCGGAAGGCAAGUUCUUCUGCAAUGGAUUAGACCUUCCAUGGGCCAAAGCGGCCGGACCAGUCGGUUUCCACGAGCGUAUGCGCCUCAUAGGUUCCAAAUUCAAAGCACUCUCUACCGACCUCUUAUCUCUUCCAAUGCCAACCAUCGCAGCCAUCUCAGGCCACGCAUCUGCUGGUGGCUUCAUAUUAGCUCUGUGUCACGAUUAUAUCCUUAUGAGGAAAGAUAGAGGGAUUCUUUACCUGAAUGAGCUAGACAUCAGCUUUCCGAUUCCGCGACAUUACAUGGCACUAAUACGGUCCAAGGUGGUAUUACCUGCAGGAAGGCGUGAUACGGUGCUUCGUGCGGUGAAACUGAGAGCGGAGGAGGCAUUGGCGAAGGGUAUCAUAGAUUCCGCACAUGGUACGGUGGAAGAGACCAUAGAUGCUGCAGUGCGGUUAGGGGAGGAGUUGGCAGGUAAGAAGUGGAACGGAGAGGUGUAUGCACAGAUGAGGAAGACACUUCAUUCUGAGGUGUGGGAUGCGUUUGAAGCUGAAGACUCCAUGUCUAUUGAAAAUGAUAUCAAGGGUAUCGCUUCACGACUAUAGCUG